AUGCCGACGGUAGCACCCAGCACACACUCGCUGCUACCUUUGUUGCUGUGUCUGCUGUUUCCGUGGAAUCUAUUUCGGGUCUAUAACGGACCCGAAAUGGACCGUUUCUUCUCGGGUUUAUUAUUGGUUCGGAGACAAUCUGAUAGCCCGACUUUCACCGCCCUCUCUCUCUCUCCUCUCUGCGCGCUCUAAUGGAGGAAGCUCUUGGUUGCCGCUUCGCAGCGACUUUCAUCGUCUCACACACCGACAGGCACUCUCGUUGUCUCUCUUUCCGAUUCCAGGAGUCAUUUUCGGGAAAUCCUGAAGAGUUCAGGGUGUACAUCGCAGAGGUGCAGAGUAAUUUCGGUCUCCAUAUCAUCGGUUCGAUUUUGCUUGCUGUCUGAUGCAAAGACGAGCCUUCCAGCUGGCCCGAGAACAGGUGAUUCGUUCUAUCCAGAGAAUCUGUCGACUCCCGUCACGUCUUGGGCAUCGGGAGCCAACAAUGCGGCGGCCAGACAGUGCACUGUAGCGUUUUCUUUUAUUUGCUCGAUUCUAUUCAUUUUGUGGCAUUUUCUUUUCCUCAAAUGCUUCUGCGAACUUUGCUCGUCUUACAAACGUCGUUGCGUGUCAGUUUUUAUAACUAAGAAUCGGAUAGAAAGCAUAUGAAGUGCAAUCAGCGCUUGCUUUGAUCAUCUAUUUCAGUGAUUCUUUAACUCUCAGAUGAGGAGGGUUCCCUGGGAGUCACUCUGCUGUUGAGUGAAGUUUUCCUGACUAGUAUGUCUACAGAUCAACCUGCUUCACUCUAUCCGAUGCCCCUCAACUGGGCUAUAACCAAAUAGAAUUUAGUUUCAUUUCCCAUGUACUUAUAAUCAUAGCUGUUCUUUUAUUGCUUCCUUAUCACCAAGACGUGCCUCUCUUCCUGUUUCUUAGUUUUGGUUGUGCAUUUCUAAUAAAUGGGUUCAUGUUUGAAUCAGCUUCAAACUUAGUGGAAUCAGUCUAUUGGUGUUCAUUCUUUUGUCACCUUGGAAAUUCUAAUUGCACGAGUAGUUUGGUGAAUAAUGUCUUAAUCAAUUUCAGAAAUGAUGCGCACUGGAAUGACUUUGUGGGCUUAUUCGUUCAAAUUUAUUCGUUUUUUCCUGACGAUAGGUGAGCCUUCUCAUGAAAUGUUACAUAUAGAAAAAAUAUCUUAUAUGCAGUAAAUUCAAUCACAAACGACCCCUGAUUAAUCACUUGUUAUAUUUUUAAUAUUUUUCGCAGUGAUCGUCUCUCUACUUCCCUUGUCUGCAGCAGUGGUUGUACCGAGCUCUAAUUGUUAUGCCCUUGACAAUAGUAGCCACCUUUUUGAUUUCGUAUCCUAUUUUACUUUUAACUUGUGAAAAACGUACCUAUGCACUGUGGUAGGCUCGUUUGAAAUAAUGUUUGUAACAUCCUGACAUGCUCUCAGACAGACUGGAUUGGUCACCCCUUUGAGUAUGAUGGGAAGGUAUUCACAUAAAUCUCUAACUUGUGGAUUUUUUUUAUAAAUAUAGCAGACUUUGUUUUAAGAAAGCUCUUCUGGAAGGAUUCUAAAUUUUUACCUGUGCGGCAUGACUUCAGGAAUUUAGUCUGAAAUGUUAUAUCAUCCAUAAAUUGAUCUCUUUUGACUCGUAUUUUCAUCAUUAUCCUGGUUCUUUAAAAUAUAUUGCUCCAUAUUUGGCAACUGAUGAAAUUUUAUCAUUUAUAUUGAAAUUUCUCGCUGAUGAUGAUCAUGUGGCAUGAAAAAUACGGAAAUUAAAUGAUAAUCGUAUUGGAAAGUCUAAAAGUUGGCCAUGGGAAUGGGUCUACAAGGGGAGUGAUUGUAGAUAGUAGUAUUAAAAUCAUGUCAAGGUAAUCGAUGGCAGACAACAGUCAUACAAUCUUACUGUGGGUUAUGUUGAUUAGACAGGUCGUGUCAUCAUACUGAUACACUGUUUUUACAUUCCUUGUUUCUGAUUGUUUUUUUGUCAUCUACUUCUUCAAGGAAGAAAAACUCACUGCGUUUAUUUUCUAUUACCAGUUUAGUGAAUUUUUAGGAAUACUGCUAUUCAGACUUCGAUGAUAAAAAAGAAAAUACUCCAACGGUUAAGUUCCUGAUGUAGACUUGGAUAGCAUGAUCUGAACGUGGGAUAGUAUGCGUGUAAACUUAGCCAUAUUUUCAAUAGUAGUCUGUAAAAGUUGUAUCUUUAAGGAACCUUUAGUAGAAUUUUUCAUUAUUACACCAUUCUGUUGUACCGUCAAGACAGCUUCUCUUACUCUCUUUUUUCUGAAACAUGUUGUUAGUCAUAGUCUGAAAUGAGCCGAAUGCUAUGGGGCCAGAACUAUGAAAAGAGCGUGCAUACACAUUAGGCAUUUACUUGUUCUUUCUUUGUCUUUUUACAGGAUGCGGACUUGGUUGUUCGGUUUUGUAAAGAUGUAGAGACCCGGUCACAGGCUGUAUGUUAUGCCAAAACACUUUCCUAAAUUGUCUAAAUUCUGUCUUUAGUAUUUUUCUUCUAUCUGUUGUUCUAAAUGUGUUUCUUUUGUCUAUGAUGCUCUCACUGGUUUGUACAUAUUCUAAUUUGAUUAAUGUGUCUUAUGGUCUACAGAAUGUUGAUCAUAUUUUCUCUGAAUUGAUGGGUUACCUUUUGGCGUUGCUCCCUAACUUUCGCAAUAAAUAAUAGCUAUGAACAGAAAUGUUGUCUUUCCUUAAUUUUUCCGUUAGGUAUCUUAAUAUCAUUGACAUGCAUGAAAGGGUUACAUUCCAUCCUGCAUUUCUAUGUGAUUGCCAGGAUGAAGAAAUUUAUCAGCAGGAUUGAAAAUAUACAAUGAUUGCAUUAAUACCGAACAGUGCUAGUAGAUGAAAAGAAGAAUUACGAGCGGUAAAGACGAAGUUGAUGGAUAAAUAUAGGUGAAUGGGAAGUCAAAACUAGCAAGUACGUAAGAAGACGUUUUAAAAGGUGGACACUGGAGUAGUUUUCUCCAGGUGGAAAGAAGCCCAUGCAUCAAAUCAUCCAGUAAGUCUAUGGACUUGGACAAUGUGAGAACGAGGCCUUUGAGGGAUGGAUGUACCUUCAAUUUUAUGCAGUUCUGUCUGAAGAGGACUCUCUUGAACAGGAAAGGAGAAUCUACUGAAACACUCUCAAAGAGGAAACGGGGAGAUACGAGAUUUGUUAAUUAGGAUCGCAGCCUAAAAAUGGAUGAGAUCCUACGGUCUGUGCUGAUUUGUAGGACAGCUGGUGGGGAUUCUAAUCAUAAAGAUACCAUUGGAGGACACCUGGUGGAGAGGAAGGCUAUUCAGGAAUGAUGUUAGGCAAGCGAAUAUUCUCCUCUGCUAGUUCUUUGAUCCUGUGGAAGUGGAAAGGUAAGAGGGUGCUUUAACUUGUGAGUGAGAUCUGGUUCCCAGGAAAAUCCCAGUCAACUAGAGUUUCUAGGAUCAUAAUGCGUAAAGUAAUUUGACUUCCAGCAUCUGUCUGGAUAUUAUGUGCAUCUUGCUGCAGUCCUCGUGGUCUCCUACUACCCCAUUUACAUCUUCACUUCUUUUUCAUAAAUUUUUUUUAAAACUGAUUUUUUUCGGAAAUCAUUGAGCAUAUGUUCCUGGUUUUCAUCAUGAGGAUAUCCUCUUGACAUUUUGCUUUUUGUUUACUAUUCCAACCUUUUGCAUUUGAUUGUCCUCGGCAACUUCCUACAUGGUUGAUUGCAUAAAAAGGAUCAGCCUCUGUUACCCUAUCCUACUUAGUCAAUCGAUUUGUUGGACUCUUGUAGAUCACCAUCAGAGCAUCUUAAGGACAUUCUAGUUUUGAUCUCUGAUUAAAAAAACAUCAAUCCUGAAACUAGGAGCCACUUCCACGUAAGUCUGCUCCUUGUGUCUAUAUCUAUCAUGAUUGAUUCUUCAAGGAUUGUUGUUUUAUCUUCGAUUUUUGAACCUUUUGAUAGAUCCUAUACACACCAUCUGAAUUUAAAAUUUGAUUAUAAUUAAGAUUAGGUACCUCAACUUAGGGAAGGAUAAAUGGUAAUAUUCGUUUCCAAAAGAAAAGGUCGUCUUCAUAGUUUGUGAGAUUCAAUUUUUUAAGUUGUGAUCCGGGCUUUAUAAAUUUGUAGCAUUAAACUGACUCUUAUUUAUUCUUUACUAUGAGGCAAAAUGAGGUAUACGCUUGUUCAAUUUAUUUUUAGGAAUUUUCAGUUAGAUCUGUUACUCAGAACAAGCUUUUUACUAUAUUAGGCUUUCCUUCUAUUUUUCCUUUCUUUCCUAUUAUUAGAUGUAUUUCCUUUUUCGUGUUUCUGUUAUUAGACCUUUCCGUAAUACUGGAAAGGUUUAUUAGAUGCCAAUAUAAAUACUGGCGUACUGCCCUGAGAAGGGCUAAGUCAGUUUUUCCUUUCCUGCUUCUGCUGUAUCUCGUAACAAGAUCAUUUAUUGUGAGAAUAGUUGGGAGAAAUUUUUCGCAUUUCACCUGUUUUCGAAUGAUACUGAGUAAUUAUUGUGUAAUGAUGUUGAUAUUUUUCCAUAAAAUGCAGGGCUAUCUUGAUUUUGGGCAUUUUUCUCCUUUCAACUAUUUUACGGCUGGUUCUGGACCAAUAACCUUCGUUCAAGUCAGUCCAUUUUUUUAGCUAUCAUGCAACAUAAAUUUUAUAUGUUGUGAAUUUCUUAGCUUUCUUUAUUUAAUAUCUUAUAUUCUUGCGUGGAUAUUAUGUUGAUAAAUUCUUUUUUAGGCAAGUUUUUUACAUGCUUAAUAAUCAGAACUAUUCGUGUAUGAUAUUUUAUCAUCAUUGUGCCCAGCUAUUAUUGAAGUACGUAUAUUGCCAUUGGCCAUUUUUAAUUUGAUGACCACAUAAGAACUACAAGCUAUAUCAAGCCUUACUUUUACUUGUAAAUUGGAAAUCAAACACUCUGGUAAAGAAGUGAAAGAUAGAUGAGUCUUUGACUAAGUUGCGAUUUUUAACCUUUUGAGAAGGACAUGUUUGGAUGGAGUGUACAGAUGAAAUAUAUUGAAAAAGAUAUGCAUAAUGACAGCCUUCCACUUUGUAAUCACUUGUAGAAUAAAAAAAAUUACUUCCUUUAUGCAUCUUUCGAGAUUUUGCACAUCAUGGGUGGACAAUUAAGAAUCAAUUAGGCUAAACUGUAAGUAUCAUUCAAAUGGCAUAGUCAACUUGUAGAAGAUUUGACCACUCUUUGCUUGAUAUAAAUGGGACAGUUAUGUGAACAUUUGACAAAGUCACAUGAUUUUACCUUUAUGCCGAGGAAUUCUCAAUUACCUAUCUUCUAAACGGAAGCCAAACAAUCAGAUGAAGGAAAUUAAUCAAUCAUUUAUGCUAAGAGCUGGAGGCAUUACGCUCAAAUGGGUUCUAAUGGGACUUCCCCUUUCAACUACCUUAAGUUUACCAUAAUUGGGUGAGAAAUGAGGUCACGUAAAGUGUGCGAAAUUGAAACCCUAUGUAAUCAGUUAUGGGCCAACAGUUGGUAUACCAAGUGUUGGCAACUGUGGUAAAUAGAAUGACGGUUUUAUAGAUGUUGAAGCUUGACAGAAAUAUAGAAUUCCUUACACAAAAAGUCAAAAGUUGACCAGGGUGACGCCUUUAAUGGUGCAAAUGUUGACACCUUGAAGUGUUGACACCUUAUAAGGUGUUUACCACAGUUGUCAACACUUGGCAGAAGACGUCCUUCCGAAAGGCAUGCUUCAUGUUAUCUUGCUGGAACACCAUGUCAAAAUCUUAGCAGCUACAAGACAAAUACGUUGUCAACACUUGCAGCUUCUCAGCAAUAUGUUCUCCAAAAGUGCAAGUGGAAAAUCAAUAAAAGCUAGCCUUCAAGGAUACCUUAGAAAUUGCUAGAAUGAGAUUUGAAGGUAUAAAAAACCAUAUGAAAACAAGGCCUUAUGCUGUUCUAGCAAAAAAGGCCUCUCAGGUACUCAAUGGUCAUCAUCCACCUCUGAAAUACUUCUAAAAUCUUCUUUAGUAUUUCGACAAGUUUGCUUUAGGUGGAGUUAGUUUUAGUCUUUUUUUCUCUUUUUGGCAUUUCGAAGUGUGAGCUUCCUAUUGAGCAGGAUUUACGUAUGCUAAGGCUGGGUUGACACCAUGAAAAGUUAUGAUGUGUAUAAGGUUGAGGAGAAACCCAGUGAAAUACCAUAGAAAAAUCUUGGAGAUGGGAGAAGGUUAAAUAUUGACUUAACUACUAUGAAUAAUAAAAGUGCAAAUGAUUCCUUUAGGAUUCCUUCAGGAAAAUCUAGAACUAGCAUUAAAAAUUAUACCGACACUCUUUUAGUUUUUUAUACCAGACCAGGAUCUUCACACAUUUUACGCAAAGAAAAAUUCUAAUGAUGAACAAUAGUUAUGUGAAAUUAAUUUUCGUUUUCUGCCUGGUGACUCUAGCUAAUUCAUUGUCAAACCGUUUUUACUUUGGAAGGUUAAUGAUCAUAAUAUACACCAUGCACAUACUGUUGUCUCCUGGAUUCUUUUUGAAAGUUGAAGGAAAUUCUUGGGAUUUAAAAGCUUAAAAUAGCCUGUCAGGCAUGACUUUAUAUUUCUUUUUACAUUACAAAUAUGCACCAUUAUUGUGAAUAUAAAAACAUUCAUUUCCACAUGAAAUUUUCCUUGCAUCUCUAGUAAUCAUCUUCCUCUCUUUUCACAAGACUCAUAAUAUCAUGAGGAAGAAUUUCUAUGACUGCCCUUUUUCUUUUUUUCAGCUCUUAUUAGACUUUAACGCUGUCAUCUUUUUAUUUCUGCAUGUCUGAGUCUUACAGAAAAAGAGAUAAUAUACAAUUUAACAUAUUGUCUCUCUGAUGCAUGUACAGGAAUUUUACAUUGGAGAUCUUGCAAAAUGCGAGAAUAGCUUCGAUAAGAUGGGGCGCACUGCUCAGGUUGCUUUCUGAAGAGUUUCUAUCUUUUUGGAUAUGAAUAUUUUGAUAUUGAAAUGCUGAUCUAAGACUACCUUUUUAAUGUUUACUGCUAAGAUUUAUAAUAGUUUAUUUUAUGCAACGAUCAGGUUAAUAUUAUCUGCGGAAAAUGCUUAAAUGGAGUUUGUAAAGGUAUGUCAGAUUUUCUCCAUUUAUUUCCUUUUUUUAAUCAUAUUGGAUGUGUAUUAAAGCUUUAUUCUCCAACAAAGAUUUAAAUAUUUUCCACCAAUUUGCUCAUCUACCAAACAGAAUUGUCUACCAACAGUGUGCGUUCAAAUGGUUUUGCUGCAUCUAUCCUCUCUUCAAAAUAUUAUGUUGAACAUUUCAGACCGCUCACCACCUUUAUUUUGCUUACUAUCUUGGAAAAGUGUAAAGGACCAAACUUAUUAUUUUUGGAAUGUCACCUUUUGACCAGAACUGCAAUCAUGAUAUCCUCAUAGUCAUCCCAGGCUGGGAAUUUCUUUUUCUUUCAACUCGCGUAAUGUAUGACACAUUUUUUACGUGAUUUUGCCUCUUUCUGAAGUUUUUGAAGCUCCUCUUAUCAACUUCAUAGCCAUCCUAUCUGCGAAAAUUUUGAAAACAAAUUCUUCGCUUUACUGAGGGUAUUUUCUGAAGCACUUUGACGUGAUGGCACUCUCCAGCCAUAUUUUACUAGAGACACGACUAACCUUUGAAAGGAUGACUUCUCAAAUUUUGAAGUCAGGCUAUUGAAGUUAGAUUUCUCAAAAACCUAGCUCUCAACUUCGUCGCCUGUACCAAGGGCAUGUUUUGCCCUCAUAUCAUAAUAUAUUAAAUUAUGUAUUCUUUUUUUCCAAAUUCAGCCAAAAAUUGUCCCUAUUGUCGUGUGUCGUCCUAUUGGGCGAAUCUUGCUGUGUCAUUUAUGGCAUUCUUUAAGGUCCAUUUAUGGCGACUUUGACCGUGGCAACAGAAGCACACUGAUUGUUGCGGACACUGUAUGGUCAUAUACAAGUAAUAUCUGGCAUAUCACAUUAAAGUUACAUUGCUAUUCAAUCACUGUUAUUUUCCUCUAAAAUCAUGAGUUAUAUUUAUAAUUGAAUAUAUCAAAUUGAAGUUACAUCACUAUUCAAUUCUUAUUUGUAUGAUGUGUUCAUUUGUAAUACAAAAAAUUAUGAUAGAAAGACAAAUAAUAUGAUUUUAAUGCUCAUAAAAAAUGCAUAUACUAGUAAUAUGUUAUAAUGUCAAAUGACUAUUGUCAUAAUGGCUAUUCUAUGGUUUAGACUCAAAUGAUAUAAUUGUAAUCGUUUUUAAUCUUUCUCAGGAUCUAAGAAGAGACUGUGAAUUGUUGAUUUAGUAUUUUUUUGUAGGGGAUAAUUAUCAUGCAAGGAAGAUUAGCAUGCUUACGUAAAUGGGAAAACAUAUAUUUUUACACAUAUUCCACACGUGAAGUUGGAUGAGGCUAUAAAAUUCAUUGUUUUAAAAUGUGAAAUAUGAUUUAAAUGAAUUUAAGCAAUCAUCCCGCCAAAGGCUUCAUGUUCAUUGAAUUGCAGGAUAAUGUUGUCUCAAAUGAUGACUAACAAAGUAUGUAGAUUGUCUUUUAAUGUUCCUUUUAUUAACUAUUAUCCUAGACUGUCAUCAUACUCUAUAUCAGUUGGCAGAGAUCAUUAUUCAUUUGGAGAGUAUGCUUGUCAUUAUAUACAAGCAUUCAAUUAAUGAAGAAUAUUUUAAUACAAUAAUCGAUUCAGAUGACGACUCUGACAGAGAGGAAAGAGUAGAAAACAUAAUUACAAUAUGCAUGAUUUUCUCUGGAUAUGAUCCAGCAUAAGUUGAAGAUACCAUCAUCCCGAGUUUUGCUCUUCUAUUUGUUUACCAUUGUGCUAUCACAAAUAACCCGUGAUCGCAUAGACCUUGAGGUACACUUACUAGAGCUGGACCUUCAGGAAUGACCUAUCUACCUAUCCCAUAUUUCUUAAGUUUAUUGCCCCCUAUCCAAUUCCUCUGUAGUACUUUCCUAGAGUCAGAUCUGCUUAGUGAUCAGUAGGAAUAGUUUUGGCUGUGUGUAAUAUGAAGCUGUUCCAAGGAUCCUCUACUUCACUGUAUAAUUAUUUAAUGAAUCCGUAUUUCACUAUCUUCAGGUGACCUUGGCUGCAUUUGCAAUGUGGCAUAUGAUUCAACAAUGUGCAGGUAUUCUCCCAAUUUUGGAAGGAACAUUGCUUAUUUCAUUCCUUUUGGGUUCUGUGUCUUUAAGGCAUAAUUAUCCCCUUCUUCAUCAUUCACAAAUUGCUAACUUGUGGUGUAUGGGAACAGAUCUUAUCAAGUUCUUCUACUGUAUUUCACAUUAUCUAAACUUGACAUGUACAAAUUCACAUAAACUUGUAACAUGAAAAGUUCAAACGCUCAAAUGUCAAUAGUACUCUAAAACGACUGUACCCGAAAUUUAUCUUCUUUAACGGAUUUUUUUGGACAUUAUAAUUUACACCUUACAGUUUUACUUCUCAAUCUCUUAUUUUCCUUCUUUUGUUUUCUUUUUUUUAUUUUUUUCUUUUUUUCUGAGAGGAUUAACGGCACCAAUCCUAAAGUCUUCUCAAUCAAUUGUAGAUGACAUCGCAUAUGACCAUCUUUUCAUUGUUUUCUCUUAGGGAAAGCAUACAAACAUUUCUCUCAAUAUUUACUGCAAUGUAUUUUAGAUCUUGAGAAAUUUUUAGAUAUUGCAUGGUAGCAUUGUGACACUUUCGAAAAUGUGGUGGUUCCUUAUUGAAAGGUAUAUACGGAGCCAAUUGUUAUUCCUGAUAUUUCUAGCAAUAUAGACCUUUUUGUUUCAGUAAAAAAAGAUAGGGUCUUAUGACUUUUGGCUCUGUUUAUCGAGAACUAACAUAGCAAACUAAAAAGAGUCGGAAUCCAUAGUAAUUGUGUCACAUGUUCGUUCUGAACUGCUCAUAUUAAUUUGAGUUUGAGACACAGUAAGAGGGAUUGUAGCAGAAAUAUGAAGGGAUUCUAGACUUUGGUACCUCUAACCUAUUAGUAUUACUGAUAUCUCUAGGAUAUGAAGGGAUUCUACAUUCUACAUUCAUAAUAGUGAUGAGUAGACAGAUUUUUCUUUGUAAUUGUAGGAGAAAUUUUUUGGAGUGGAUCCAGAUGUUUCGGCGUCCUUCCAUGAUGAUUUUCAAUCCUCUAGAAAUAUUAGAUCCACACUUGAUAGUAAACAAGGCUUUUAUCUUACCCUCACAGGAGUAUGUUGGUGUAGUCUGCUUCAUGGACAAUUUCUACUGAUCAAUGGUGGCUUGGUGAAAGUUAAAAUGAGGAGAAGGAGACAAGUACACAAUUCUACCAGAAUAUAUUAUUAGUAUUCUCAUCAAAUUUGGUGAGUCUCAUCUCCAUUGAACGUGGGGUUCUAUGCCUAGAGAAUUUGACUUUGUCAUCUUCCUUCUUGUGAUCAAAUACUUGGAGGUUAUUAACUUUUCAUGGAUUUUACAUGGGGAUGAAGAAGAACACUUGAAUCAUUUAUUGUGCCGCAGCACAUGGCUGAUAUGGAAGAUGAUCUUUUCUACAGCAUGUAUUAGGAGUUACAUUCCUAUGGAUAUAACAGAGAUAUGGAGAAGUUGGGGGAGAAACUGGAAUAUCACAGGGGAGAAUGUAGUGCGGUGACUCAUACUACACAUGACCCUGUGGUCUAUUAUGAAAGGGCAGUUUGGUCGAAGGAGUUUGUCAUUUCAUCUUUGCUUGUGUGCGAAAUUGGACUAGGCUUGUGUGCGAUCUGAGAGAACACAAAUUUUCCGUUCUGACAAUCCUGCUUAUGUAGAGUAGCAUACAUUAUUUUGGUGGCGUUCUUUAAUCUUUAAUAUUGGAAGGGUUAUCUGUUUUUUUGGAGCUGACUCUGUAAGCAUCUAUAUCUUAGCCUUCUUUCUUAAUGAUUACGUAGCAGUGCCCACCUUUAAAAACUGGCAUCGACCAAGAAAGGUAAGGAUUCAUAUCGUUAGUCUUUCCCCUUCCCUCCUCUCAACCCUCCCAACAGAUAGGCAAAUAAAAGAAGAAACAGAAUAUUCGUAAUCUGCUAACGGAUGAUGUGAUGGUGAAAUUAAGGGAAUUUUUUCAGUAAAAAUGCCUCUUACCUGUUAAACAAGAGAACACUGGUGCCUUUCAUAUUUUCUCCUCUGACAUGUCAAACUUAACCAAGCUCAAGUUUUAAGGACUGGUUCCUGUCAUCAGUGCAUUCUAUGUUUUAUGAAGGUAACAGAAGUCCGUAACUGUGAUUCAGUCAUUAUUUAAGACAUGCAUUUAUUUUAUAAAUUUUAUAAAAUCGUUACCUCCACAGUUCUUCAAAACUUGAUUACAGAUUUCUCACUGUAAUCUAGGGUCUUUGUGGAGCUUGCUAUUCCAUGCAUCAGACAAGGUUCUCGAGUUUUUGCUGGUUUUACGGCUGGCUUUCAUCCUCGAACUUGGGAAGUCGUGAGCUUCUCUUUACUCAUCCAAUUUGUCAAGCUUUGACCCAUAGUCAUUUAAUAUUCGUAUAUACCCAUUUGGGAUCGAAUUCAUCUGAUCUAAUAUGUCGUUUGACUUACUCUAAUUCACUUAUCAGGUUUACGAUGGCUUGACCCAGCUUGGCUUUGAACAAGCUCGCCGUGAAUUCAGGUUAGUAGCUUCUCAAAAACUGCUUGCUUUUCUGUACCGAUUUCAGUUUAUUUGGUUAAGGUAUUAUUUUUCUUUCACAUGUGUUCAGCGACAUUCAAGUUUGAGAAGGAAAAGAACAUGUGUCUUCGACGUGUUCUUUUCCUUUAAAAAGAUUAAAAAUGUAUAACAUUGUCAACCUCUCCAACUCAAGGGCAACCUAUGUGAACGAGAGACUCAUUUCUUUCCCAGUCUCCUUUGUUUCAUGUUUGCGUAGUUUCAUCAUGGGGCCGAGUUCCUACUUCCACCUCAUCAUCAAAUAUAUUGGACAUUAAAUAUGAAAGUAGUGAAUCAAUGUGCCUUUUACCCCACGCUGGUGUCUUUUUAACUUAGCCUAUGAAGUAAUUUAUUUCUCAGGCCUUCUCCCUUUCCUGUCUAAUUUGGAACUAAGAAAUCUAAUCUUAUUUCUAACAGGAUUUAACGGAUGACCAUCCGUCUCACUGUAGAAUCUAUGGGUCCUUUGACUAGUCCUUUGAAUCCUACACCUUAAUUGUAUUUGACAUCUGUUUCCUAAAAUAUCAAAUAUACAAUUUGUAGUAUUAAUAUUUUCAUUUAAUAGUGCCCUAUAGGCUCGCCUGUAAAAGAUACUGAUGGAUGUUUACUCUUAUGAAAGUUCUAUCUUUGUGCUAUCAAUUACUCUGAUCUGUUGACUAUUCCCUGACUUAUCUUGGAGGCCGAAUUUGCAGUUUUGGCACUGAACAGACUCACGUUUCGCUUUAUUUGACUGCCAUGACUUAUCUUUCAGACCUUGUCGGAAAACCAACUUUUAAGGUAACGGAACAUUUCUUUUUUUCUGAUUUUGGAUCAAAGAUAUCAGUUGUAAUGGUUCUUUAGCAGGUCUAUCCAGAAAAAGGAUUAGAAGUCAAGUUAUCAGGCUCAGGGGCGGACGGCAGACCCCCAACAACAUUGUCACCUACAAUAUUGAUAGUAAACUGGAGAUGUAAUGUGAUUGUUUCAGUCGAGUUUCAUUUUUAUCUGUUCUCUUAUUACUGUAUUUACGGUGAUAUUUGUUAUGUUUUCAGGUGAGGAUGUCCAUGAUCAGCCCUACGAGGUUCUCAUUUCAAUUCCAGUUGAAGGAUAUGAUCCUGUUGAGUUUACGCUUACCAAACUUUGUGGUCAGUCUCUUCGGAAUCUCACUUAUCUCAAAAAACUCAUUUUACCCAGAAAUAAUCUCAUUCAGUUCGAUUCUCUUGAGAGCUCCACCACUUCCCUGUCUGGGGCACGGAUCAUUAAUACCCUCAUUUUUAAUUAUGAUCGUCUUAAGCUUAAAUGAGAGAGAGAAAGUCGGGUACUAUUUGACUUUGUACCGUGAAUAAAAACCCUGUUAGACCAAGUUCUUGAUAGUUCAGUAUGUCAGGAGAUGCGUCUUUGCAGAGAAUCGUCUCAAAGUUGUCCAUUGAUCUAUACUUUGUUAUUUUUAUGCCUGUGCUUCACAUAUAUCUGUAGUCGUUUCACAAAAUCAAAUCCCCUUCUGUGAAAAUAGGUAAUCAAUCCAACUGCCUCUCUCCUUUUCAUGAUCCUGUUCUUUGCCUCCCAGCUAAAUCGAGACCCGUUUCUUUGAUUCCAACUUAGAUUUCUGUUCAUUAUGUCCAGAAAUGAACAGUGGGAACCUUAAGCUUCCAAUGUUGUCAGAACAGAGAGGUUGAAUGAUUGCCCAAACCUGGUAAAACCUUCCAUAAAUGAGGAAACCAUUUGUCUCAAUGUUGUCAUUACUGCACAAAUCACCAUCAUCUCUCUGCAUCGCCACUCGCAUUUCUGUCAUAAACGCUGGGAUCCAUUAUGAGGCUUCAUAUGAGCAAUUAGUUUUGCUUCUUGCAGAGUUCAAGCAAGAGAGGGAGGGCGAAGCUAUGAGAAGCUGGGCAACCUUUGGAGUCAUCUCCUGCGUGUAUGUAAAAUCUACGAAACUUUUCAUACUCUCUGCAACUUUGGCCUUCAAAUGCCUACACAUGGUUUAGCUCUAAUGGUGUUCCUACUCUUGCCAUUCUAUCCAGCUUCAUUGUGCUGUCUACUGUUGCAUGCUGUGGGGGGUUUCUUUAUAGGAGUCGCAUAGAACACCAGGUAGGUGUGUCCUCCUAAGUGAUUGAUAGGACCCCAUUUAAAGAAAAAAGAAGAAAAAAAUCUUCCAUCUUUGGUUUUUUCAGUAGAACUAUUCCCCUUUAGCUCAUAUUACUUGCCUUGUGCAGCACGGCCUUGAUGCACUACCAGGAAUGACAAUUUUAUCUGCCUGCUUAGAAACCGUGAGUGCUCUCUCUCUCUCUCUCUCUCUCUCUCUCUCUCUCUCUCUCUCUCUCUCUCUCUCUCUCUCUCUCUCUCACUCUCUCUCAUCAAGUUCAUUGGCAAUUGUUGUUUGUUCCAAUCAGAUUACUGGCCCACGAGGCUACAUGCAACCCGGAGAUGUAAACAGAGCCUUCAUCAACCAAUCAUCCUGGGAGGAUCCGAGUGCCUCCGCUUCUGAACCACCACAGAGACCAAGUGAGAGGAAAUACGGAUCGAUCUGA